AUGCGAAGUAGGUGUCAGAAUCAAAAUCAAAUAUCCCAAUCGGUGAUUGGUAGUCCAACUAAUUCACCCAGCCAACCAUCAUCAGCAAUAUCCGUGUCAUCUCCGACGCGAUCUCGUAUAAAUUCUACUACUGAACGUUUGUCCGUUCUUCCAUUACCUGUGACAUCACUUUCUUCUAAAAAUCAUCAAAAUGGAAAUUCAGUUAAUAUUUUACCGUCAUCCCCAUCACAGAUUCACACACCACGAACGUCAUCUGCAAAAACGGUUGAUAAUGUUGUAAUUUUGCCUCCAUCGUUGUCAAAUGAUGUAGGAAAGCAGAGUGAACCGAGAGUACGUCGAAUUUUACAACGAAGAAUGUCUAAUAAUUCCGUCUCACAACAGAAGCAAAACGAUGAUGAACAUGAAGUUAAUAGAAGUUUUUUAGCCAAAUUAAAAGAAAAUGAUACAUUGAAUCGACGUCGACGAGAUCAUACUCAAUUGAAUGAUCAUGCUAAACAAGAAAAACUAAAAAAUCAUCUACGCAAUUCAAAACAGAUAUAUGGUGGUAAAUCACAAGAAUCAGAUCAAGAAUAUACACCGGUUAUACAUGAUCAAAUAUUUCGAAAAUCUUCAUCACUGGCAUGCGCUGGACAACUAUCCGAUAAUGUAAUUGUACGAAAACAAGAUGAACUAGAGUCCUAUUCUAACAAAGACAAUGGACUUCGACAGCGAUGUGAAGCAGACCACUGUAUGAGCAAUGGAGAGAAUAGUAAUCAUUCUUCAUAUAGCAUCGACGAUUCACUAUCGCAAACGAACAGCUCAUUCGAUUCUAAUCAUGAUUAUCAUCCAAAUGAAAGUGCUCGUAUUCGACGUCGUAAAAAGCUAUACAGCUCUAGUAAUAUUCAAGCUAAUCAUAGUGGAAGUUCGUCAACUAUUGCUAGUCUAUUAUUGAACGCCAAUGAGACCAUUAAUAAUCAUCAUAGUAACGAUGUUAAUUUUUAUUCGGAGAAGGAAUUUUCAUCAAAAGAAAAUGUAGACAUUGAAGUGGAAAAAAAGAAUGACGGUGAGAAAGACAUGAACUGUUUACUGUUCAUGUUGACAGCCACACUUAAACUACCAACAUCGAUUGCUACUAUAUGUCGCUCACAGUCAGUCGACGAUAAUGAAUCAAUAAAUAGUAGUAGUUCAGUAAAUAAUAGCACAAUCGUUGAUGAUGAUGAGAUAGAUGUAAAAGCUUCAAUUGUCAUGAAUGGAAGACAUUUGAUACCUUCUGAUAAGGUACUAUUGGCUGAUCGAACAAUGUAUUACCCAUUUGGUGAUACGAGUAAAUUUUCUCAACGACGUGAUGCAUUAAGACAAAAUUGUUUAAGUGAAAUAAGUUCCUUCAAUCUUCGUCGACUACUUGAUAUUAUCGAUCGUGUCGGAGAAGUUGAGUUGAAGAGAGAAAUGACUGAUAUUAUUGGGAAUGAAUUGUACGAGAAGUAUUGUCUACAAAUAUUUACAUUGAAAUUUUAUGAGGAUACUUUACAUUGUCAUUGA